ACUCAUCUGCAAUGGCCGAGAUACGGGAGCGAGUCUAGCGCGCUGCGAGGUAUUUCUGCUCAAGACGAUAUGCCAGUGUCGUUAAGCAACCGCUAUCACCGUCGGAAGUGUGAGAUCGGCAAAGCUUGCCUGUUAAGGGUAAGCCACUGUCUCAAAGGCUCAGAGGUCAUCGGAACGCAAAUAUAAACGACUCUACUGCUCCAACUUCCCCGAAGUUGAAUUGUUUUUGACAUCUUCUCGACACAUACUUUCCACAGACACUCAUUUCUGCAUCAACUGCUGCAAAAGCUUUGCGGCCUCAGACAUCUAGCAAUGCAGACUCCUUUCCAGGAAGGCCUGGACGCUUUCUCCUUCGGAUUCCCACCUCCCUCUGAACCAUCUACUACAAUGUCCACGCUACCUACAACCAGUGCCGCACACAGUCGAGGAAUUUCACGUUCCUCAUCAAAUGUAUCGCCAAGGACCUCUACCAGAAAGACAGAAAUCCUUGGAAACUAUCUGUUCAAAAAGUGUGAACAACAAAGGUGGUUCGAAACGGACGACGAACAAUCAACUAAUGGUUUUGAGUCAGAAUGUCUUGGAAUCAUCCUCAGAGCUGAAGAUGGAUCGUAUCACAGUGAACCUGCUGCCCUGGACCGCAUGUGCCUCCAUGUAGCCUGCCACUUCCACACAUCUUCUGCAAUGACUAUGAGAUCCGGGGCGGUCUUAGCCAUCCUCGAGCAGUGCCCUGGCGGCCAGUCGCAGAUGAUGCUCGGCACGUCUGGAGUUACCCUCCACGUUGUGGACAGUGUCGCUGACAUAUUGGGUUUUUCCUCCGACACCCGACCUGAUACGGACCUGUUUCUCUGCAGCGAAGAACGAUUUCUCUUCGUCCUUGCAGGGCAUGGUCAAGCCUUGCUGAGACGAGGGUGGUACGUAGAAGACCUUCUCAUUGGUCAUCUCUACGGUAAUCAGGGGCUAGGUGGCUAUUCUCCUCCUCCUCCCAGCACCAUCUCCAGAAGCACCGGGCACUCUUCCAGCAACCGAUCAGGGGACAGUCGACGGACCAACACUCAGAUCCUCCCUUACUUGCCACAAUCAGCCCUCCAAGACGCUGUUGUACAGGAAAAGAUCAAUGUAAUUCACAACGCCCUGGAGAAAGAGGAACAAGGCGACAAGGUGUUCGAUCCGGAAAAGGAGGGCCAGGAGGCCCCGAAAAGGAAGAUGCUGCUCAAUCAUGCUAUCAUGGUUGGAUUCGCUAUGGUCCUGGUCGUUGUCGUCGAGAUGGCAUGUAUCGCGAAGAUGGUGACUGAAGUACAGCUGGAUGGCAAUUACACGAGGUUUGCGCUUGCUGCAACGGUCCCUCUCUUCGCAACCUUCUCGCUCUUCUUCAUGAUCGUCAUCUGUGGCUCCCUAUGGCAAAUAUUUGGUCCGCUCUCAUCACUCAAGCAGAACAGCAAGUACUAUUCUGCUGUAGCCCCCAAACCUGGCCGAUAUCCAAACCUCGAGUUACCGCAUGUCACCAUUCAAAUGCCCGUGUACAAGGAAGGUUUGCAAGGUGUUAUUAUUCCAACAAUCACCAGCGUCAUGGCGGCGGUCAAGUACUACGAAGAACAAGGCGGAACUGCCUCGAUCUUUGUCAACGACGACGGAAUGCAACUUAUCAGCAAAGACCUUGCGGAUGCACGCAAAGCCUACUAUGAGCUCAAUAACAUUGGCUGGUGUGCCCGGCCCCCACACUCAGAGAAGACCAAGAAGAAGCUAUGGGGCAAAAAGGUUGAAGAAGACGCUAACGUCGACCCUGAGACAAACGGGUCCAACGGGACAUACUUCGUGCGCAAGGGCCAGUUCAAGAAAGCCAGCAACAUGAACUAUUGCCUGGACUUCUCUCUUCGUGUCGAGGACGAGUACCUUGAGAUGGUGAACCAAAUCUGUCAAGAGCGUGGGUGCACACCAGAACAGCUACACGUUGAUGAAGAGACUCGAAUUUACGAACAGGCACGAGAGCGAACCGUGACGAAAGACGAAGGUCGAACUUGGGCCUCCGGGGAUGUCCGAGUAGGAGCGAUCGUGCUCAUCAUCGAUUCAGACACGCGAGUCCCCGAGGAUUGCUUGCUGUAUGGUGCCCUCGAGCUGCACGAGAGCCCAGAGGUGGCCUUAAUCCAGCAUGCUUCGGACAUCAUGCAGGUGGUGAACAACGCGUUCGAGAAUGGUAUCACGUACUUCACCAACCUGAUCUACACUUCAAUCCAGUUUGCGGUCGGGAACGGCGAUUGCGCGCCGUUCGUCGGCCACAAUACUUUCAUCCGAUGGGAAGCUUUGCAGUCGAUCGCAUGGCACGACGAGGAGGACAAAUGUACCAAAUUCUGGUCGGACAGCCACGUCUCGGAAGAUUUCGAUGUCAGUCUACGGUUGCAAAUGAACGAUUUCGUCAUCCGCCUUGCUACCUAUCACGAAGGUGGAUUCAAGGAAGGUGUCAGUCUGACAGUAUACGAUGAGCUCGCUCGAUGGGAAAAGUACGCCUAUGGCUGCAACGAGCUGGUCUUCAACCCAUUGUACAAGUGGCCAUACCGAGGUCCCUUCACACGACUAUUCUUGCGCUUCUUGUUUAGCAAGAUUAAGAUCACGAGCAAGAUCACCAUUUUCGCAUAUAUUGGGACGUACUACGCUGUCGCCUCAGCCAUACCAUUGUCGUUGGCAAACUACCUCAUCGUUGGAUGGUUUGCCAAUGACAUCGAUCAAUUCUACCUGACGUCCUGGAAAGUUUUUGUUGGCAUGGCCGUGGUGUUCAACGUCCUAUCGCCCGUCGGCUAUGCAAUGCUUCGGCAUCGACUUGGGAAAGUGACCUUCUUUGCCUCGCUACUGGAUACCGUCAAAUGGACGCCGAUGUUUCUCCUUUUCUUUGGUGGCAUCUCCUUUCAUCUGCUCAAGGCUAUACUAUGCCACUUCUUCAGCAUCAAGAUGGAAUGGACGACGACCGCCAAGGAGUACAACGGAGGCUUUCGAGUGGGCCUCGAUCGAAUUGUACGCGACUUCAAAUGGAUGUACCUAGUCAUCGUGUUGAUGACCGGCGGAAUGAUCUACCUGGCCUGCUUCGCUCCAUACGGCUGGACGAUCACGGAUUUCUCGGCCAUUGUGCCUCUUGCCAACCAGGUCGGAUGCCACGCAUUAUUGCCGUUCGCCUUGGGGCUUUUCUGAUGGGAGGAGAACACUCUGUAAGCUACCGGUCUAGAUGGACAAGACACGGUACGAGCUGGCCAGGAGUGAUUAGCAGUUCUCAUUUGUGUGAAGACCAUAAUGUCAUGAGUGGAGCGGAUAAGAUAAUUCCUGCCACCCCCUGAAAUGGUUCUACACGCAUCACCACCGCAGUAUCGCCUUUCCGAGUGUUUGUCCGCAUCAAUACUGCCAUGACUUGGCGGCUGCCAGACCGACAUCGAUCACAUCAGACCUCAUGGUCAGUGGCUCAACGGGCCGUGGUUGCUGAUGGAAAAGCCCGACGUUCGACUCUCCCUGGUCCAAGCUCGAAUGACACGUUGGUGUGGCCAAAGCUGGUCCGUCCACCACGUGGCAUGGCCCAAGCUCGGGACGCCGUCGGUGCAAAAGUCUGCCGUCUGUCUCCGGUACCUGCACCUGAAAGGAAGCAAAAUCCGCAUUGACCUCUCUGGUCAAGCUCGGAGACAAGGGGUUUUGUCCACUUCCUCGCUAGGGGGAAAAGUUUUGCACACACGACACCGUCCUUGAUCGCAGAGUCAAAAUGAGGAAUGCUCGAGAUUCUCAUUGGAUUCCACACCUCCGGUUCUGGUGGUCGGAUCACAGGGUGGUCUAUGCA